AUGACAACAAUUCCUAGACAUUACCUGUUCGCAUUAGCCAGUCUGUUCUUGGGUCGCGACAGCAGUAUACUGCAGGCAAUAACCAGCCAGUGGUCCGCAACAGCGUCGUUGUCUCCACCAGCCGCGAGCUCCGUCACCCCGUCUGGUCUCACCGCGCCUGGGGCUUCGACUUCGUCUCGUCCUCACCUGCCUGAGUCUGAUGUCUCGGUUCCGAGAACUGGCCCCCGCAGCCUGCAGCCAUCCAGUACACGUGCCUUCCCCCAGCUCGCUGCUCUGAGUGCGGCCAGUGACGCGCUAGUUGAGGACUCCGUCUCGGAGCGUACCAAACAAACAUUUAAGCCUGGUAUUGCUGCUUAUUUAGAGUUCUGCCGUUCUAACUCCAUUGUGGCACUUUCUCCUACUACUGAAAAUAUUGUGUCCUUCACCACUAGUCUCUUUGUUGUAAGAAGUCUGUCUCUGUCAUCAAUUCGCGUUUACCUAGCGGCAGUCCGCUACUACCUGUUGUGCAAUGGGGCGGCAGUGGAUGUUUUAAAGUCUGCUCGCCUAACAGCAGUGUUGCAUGGCAUAGAGAGACGGCAACCCCCCUCAGCGUUGGCUCGGAGAGAGCUUUCGGUGGACGACUUGAUCCAUUUCCGGCGAUACUUGCAACGUUCAAAUUAUGCAUAUGUGGAUCAGACUAUGCUGUGGGCAAGUGUAACUCUAGCCUUCUAUGGCUUGCUGCGUGCCAGUGAGUAUCUGGCGCCUUCUAUUCACACGUUUGACAGCCAAAGAGCACUUGUGUGGACGGCUGUCAGUAUUGCACCCGACUCGGUCACGCUGCGGCUGAAAGUCACUAAGACGCGCCAAUCUGGCGACGGUGGAACUGUCACGGUGUCUUCUACUGGCGACGAAACGUGCCCGGUACUGGCAAUGUCCGAAUUCCGGCGCACGACAGCUCAAGCCUGCAGCGCUCAACCUGUGUUCGCUUUUGCUGAAGGGAAUUACCUUACUCCGCCAUGUUUGAACAAGAUACUUCGUCAGGCUCUCAACUGCAACCAGGUGAGCUCCCACUCCAUGCGGAUUGGUGGGGCGACACUCCUGGCGUCCAGAGGUGCAAGUGAAGCGGUGAUACGACGGGCAGGGCGGUGGCGCAGUACAGCUUCUGAGCGCUAUGUUCGGCAAGUGGCCGGCAUGCCACCCCAAUGGACAAGUAGUGUAGCAUCUCUACGUGACAGGGUGUGAGUGCAAGUGAGUGUUAUGCUCUGCUGACAUUUAUUGAUUCCGUGCCGAUAGGCGGUAUACAGAUCCCUUCAUUUAACUAUAAGUAUUAGGUGGGGUUUGCCAUUGUCACUCAUGUCGGCCCUGAUAAGCAGUGUGAUGGAUGCGUUUGGCUCCAGGUGUCUGUUUUUGGGAGGGCCACGUAUACAUGGCUGCUGUGUUGCUGCUGCAAUGUUGUGGCAGCGCCAUCUUGAUGUGAUGGACUGGUGUUGUAACAGUGUACCCAUUUGCUGUUGCUGGGUACCGUAGUUUGUCAGUUGUGCCUGUUUGAAGUUGCCAGGCCAGCUUGUAUUGGUGCGUUCCCGUUUGCUGUUGCCGGGACACCAUGUUUGUAACGGCGUACCCGUUUGCUGUUGCCGGGGCCGUGUUUGUACUGGUGCGUUCCCGUUUGCUGUUGCCGGGGCACCAUGUUUGUAACGGCGUACCCGUUUGCUGUUGCCGGGGCCGUGUUUGUAUUGGUGCGUUCCCGUUGAGUUUGCCGGGGCACCUUGUUUGUAACGAUGUACCCGUUUGCUGUUGCCGGGUGACAUGUUUGCCAAUUGUGCUUGUUACAAAUUGCCGUGCUGUGCUCGUUAUGAGGCGAUAAGAAUUAUGAGCCAUGCAUUGGCUUGUGCCCAAUGGCUCUUGCUAACACGGCAAUUUGCUAUCAUUGGUGAUAUUUCAAAGAGUGACAAAUGUGAAAAAAGAUAAUGGCAAACCCCCCAACUAGGUUCUAUGCUUGGUGUGCUGGUGCGAGCAAGUUUUGCAAGCAUAUUGCAAUGUGGAAUACAUGCGUGUGUAUACAUAAUAAUUAUUAUUACGCUUGGCCACAAGGCCUAGCGGGCGUGUGCACGCACACUUGGGUGUGCGGUAGCAGGUGCAUGCAUGUGGGUUAAAUGCCGGCUUUGAGUAUCAAAGCCAAGUUAGCCCACGCGGGCACAUGCGCAGUGAUGGUCUCAUGAUGCAUAUCAUUAAUUAUUAUUCUGUGCCGAGUAUGAUCUGUAAUUUGCAUUUUUGCACUGCUGCUACUGUUGCCUUUAUGCGUGCUGCAGUAGCUAGUUGAAUGCAGUUUGGUUUGUCUUUCCUUUGGACAAGAAGUGCUUUCCGUGUCAGGCUGGUCAUUUCUCUCCCUCCCUCCCUCCCUUUUGCAAUCGCUUGGAGGGCCACGUAUACAUGGCUGCUGUGUUGCUGCUGCAAUGUUGUGGCAGCGCCAUCUUGAUGUGAUGGACUGGUGUUGUAACAGUGUACCCAUUUGCUGUUGCUGGGUACCGUAGUUUGUCAGUUGUGCCUGUUUGAAGUUGCCAGGCCAGCUUGUAUUGGUGCGUUCCCGUUUGCUGUUGCCGGGACACCAUGUUUGUAACGGCGUACCCGUUUGCUGUUGCCGGGGCCGUGUUUGUACUGGUGCGUUCCCGUUUGCUGUUGCCGGGGCACCAUGUUUGUAACGGCGUACCCGUUUGCUGUUGCCGGGGCCGUGUUUGUAUUGGUGCGUUCCCGUUGAGUUUGCCGGGGCACCUUGUUUGUAACGAUGUACCCGUUUGCUGUUGCCGGGUGACAUGUUUGCCAAUUGUGCUUGUUACAAAUUGCCGUGCUGUGCUCGUUAUGAGGCGAUAAGAAUUAUGAGCCAUGCAUUGGCUUGUGCCCAAUGGCUCUUGCUAACACGGCAAUUUGCUAUCAUUGGUGAUAUUUCAAAGAGUGACAAAUGUGAAAAAAGAUAAUGGCAAACCCCCCAA